AUCAACGUGUGUUACGAGACAUGCAGAAGUCAAUUAGUUCACGUUUUGGAUCACAAGAACUCUCUUACAGCAAGUUUAAAAUAGUGGUUUUGUCUAGUUUGUUUAUCUUUAUAGAGUGACUGUGGAACAAAAAAACAAUUGAAUGGCUCGUCUGCACCAGAACCAGCCAUACGAUGAGUCUCUAGAGGUGCCAGACUCGGAGGAAAUAGCCAGCACAUAUUCUCCAACACCUAGAAUGCCACACCCAGGAGUCAAAUCUAGAGAGAACCAGGAAGUGAAGAAAGGAGUCAAAGGCAAAGAUGAAAGGGGAAAAGGCACCACACCUCCUGGUUCCCAUGGCGAUCCAUCUGAUCAAUCAGAUGAUCUGUAUGAAGAAACUACAAAGCCUCCAAAAGCUGUGAAGUCCCAGCAGCCUCCACCAAGACCAUCUGGGGCAAAGCUAUCUUCUGGAGCACCACAGUCAAAACAGGGGCAACAGUUUCACUCUGAUGAUGAGGAUGACAGUGAGGAUGAUGAAGAGGAUGAAGAUGAUGAUGAUGAUGAUGAUGAAGAUAGACCACACAUUGAAGGAGCUUAUGACCCGACCGACUAUGAGAAUCUUUCAGUAUCUGCUGAGAUCAAAGAGCUGUUCCAAUACAUUACAAGGUACACACCUCAAGCUAUAGAGCUGGACCACAAGCUGAAGCCGUUCAUACCUGACUACAUCCCAGCUGUAGGAGACAUUGAUGCUUUCAUAAAGAUCCCCAGACCAGACAAGAAACCAGACACACUGGGCCUGACAGUGCUAGAUGAACCUUGUGCCAAACAAAGUGACCCCACAGUCUUGGACCUACAGCUGAGAGCCAUUUCUAAACAAACCACAGCAAAACAGUUGGUUGUGAAAAGUUUAGACAAUGCAGAGAAAAAUCCUAAACACAUUGAAAGUUGGAUACAGAACAUCAGAGAACUUCAUAGAUCUAAACCUCCAGCAAAUGUUCACUACAGCAAAAAUAUGCCAGACAUAGAUACACUCAUGCAAGAAUGGCCACCUGCAUUUGAACAGUUACUUAAAGAAGUGAACCUACCAACUGCUGAGUUAGACUGUGAUCUUGGAGAGUAUGUUGAUAUCAUUGCCUCUAUACUAGACAUUCCCAUCUACAAGAACUCCCCUCAUCACAAUGAAAGGAUACAGGCUCUACAUGUUUUAUUCACUUUGUAUUCUGAGUUUAAAAACUCUCAACAUUUCCAAGCACUGGCAGAAGAGAACAAACUUGACAAUGCUUUGAAAGAUGAUGGUGCUGACAGAUUUGUCUUGUGAAUAGAAAUACAUUCAAGUGUAUCUGUGCUCAUGUACUUCUGUCCUUCUGAAAACCUGUUGAUGUUAUCAAUCUCUCAACAUUUCCGUCCACACAUGUACAGCCAAUCAUUCUGGCUGUCUUAAUGUUUUUGUUACUAAUUAUUAUUUUUUUUUAUGAACUGCCUUGAAGGAAAUUGAUGCAUGUCUUAUUUUUGUUUUAUUUUGGAAGCAAUUUUUUUUUUCCAUUUCAUCCAGUUAUUUUAUUUUUUUAUUUGAAAUAAAUCUUGUUUAAAUUAG